AGCGAAGCGCGGAGAAAGGGUAGGGAGGGGCUGGGGUCGCGGCCGGUGGGGCCGGAGGCGAGAGCCCCGAGGCUAGAGACCCCUACGCGCGUGCGCGCUGGAGCAGCGGGGGGGCAGCCUCGCGGUCGGGUGGCGCGGGGCGGCGGGUCCCCGACACGUGACCGGGGCGGUGGGCGGACUUCGGUGUCGGCCGAGCAGGCGCGCUUGUCCCUGAGCGCUCGCUACCCACAGGCCCAGUCCGGAGGCCCGGCAGUCAGCGACAGAGCCGGGCGUCCACGGCCCGUGCGCCCCCGGCAGCACCAUGCCUGCGCUCCUGGAGCGCCCCAAGCUUUCCAACGCCAUGGCCAGGGCGUUGCACCGGCACAUCAUGAUGGAGCGGGAGCGCAAGCGGCAGGAGGAAGAAGAAGUAGACAAGAUGAUGGAACAGAAGAUGAAGGAAGAGCAGGAGAGACGAAAGAAAAAGGAGAUGGAAGAGAGAAUGUCCUUAGAGGAAACCAAAGAACAGAUCCUGAAGCUGGAAGAGAAGCUUUUGGCCCUUCAGGAGGAGAAGCACCAGCUUUUCCUGCAGCUCAAGAAAGUUUUACAUGAGGAAGAAAAACGGAGGCGAAAAGAGCAGAGUGACUUAACGACUCUGACAUCAGCCGCAUACCCACAGAGCCUGACUGUUCACACGGGAACUCAUCUCCUCAGCAUGCAGGGGAGCCCUGGAGGACACAAUCGCCCAGGCACCCUCAUGGCAGCGGACAGAGCCAAACAGAUGUUCGGACCCCAAGUGCUUACAACCCGGCAUUAUGUGGGCUCUGCAGCUUUCACAGGGACCCCAGAGCACGGGCAAUUCCAAGGCAGCCCAGGUGGUGCCUAUGGGACUGCUCAGCCCCCACCUCACUAUGGACCCGCUCAACCGGCCUAUAGCCCUAGUCAGCAGCUCAGAGCACCUUCAGCCUUUCCUGCAGUGCAGUACUUGUCUCAGCCACAGCCACAGCCCUAUGCUGUGCACAGCCACUUCCAGCCCACCCAGACAGGGUUCCUCCAGCCUGGUGGUGCCCUGUCCCUACAAAAGCAAAUGGAACAUGCUAACCAGCAAACUGGCUUCUCUGACUCAUCCUCCCUGCGCCCCAUGCAUCCCCAAGCUCUACAUCCAGCCCCUGGACUCCUCGCCUCCCCCCAGCUCCCUGUGCAGAUGCAACCAGCAGGGAAGUCCAGCUUUGCUGCUACUAGCCAACCUGGCCCCCGGCUCCCAUUCCUCCAACACAGCCAGAACCCAAGAUUCUAUCACAAGUGACCAUCAAAUUUCAUCUUCAACCUCACCCCACCCCCUACCUUGGGUGAGAGUCCCUGGUAUGUCCUCGGCCAAUAAAAUCUAUCUGCCAUUG